CAGCAGAGCACCACGGGCGCCCCUUACUGGCACCGCAGCGAGCGGUUCAACCUCGCCACGGACUGCAUGAACAUGCUGGACGCGUCCGACUUUCGGGCGCUGACCGAGCCCACGUACCAGACCCUGAACGGUCGCAUGUCGCCUCCGGGCUUCGCGACGGCCGUCCAGGCCAACAGCUACGCCACGCUGACGCCGCUCCAGCCACUGCCGCCCAUCUCGACCAUGUCGGACAAGUUCUCGCACCACUACGGCCACCACCCGCACGUGGGCGGCGGCAACGGCGGCUUCAGCCUCAUGCAGAACAACCUGAGCCACAUGGCGGGCCACGGCUACCACGGCUACGACAAGCUGGGCGGCAUUGCGGGCAUGAACAUGAACCACCCGACCGCCAUGUCCGGCAUGAUGAGCAACGGGCUGCAGCAGCAGGCCGGCAUCGCUCCCUCGUACGCGACCCAGAACGGCCUGCACUCGCCCGAAAAGAACCUUUCCCCGAACGGCUACGAGUCGUACGCGCACCGGGACCUGACACGCGGACUGGUCAGCCAGAGUCCCACGGUCAGCCCCACAUCCAUGAUGUCCACGCUGAACGGGCUGGCGGCCGUCAAUGGCAUGGGGCAUCAGUCCUCGCACCUGCAGGCGCGAGACGUGAAGCCCUCGGCCACGGCCCUCAGCGCCCCGACGCCGGUGCCCUCGGGGGCGGCGGCGCCCACGCCCAACCCCACAACGCCCGGCGGCAUCCCGCUGACGCAGCCCAGCGCGCCCAUCCAGGCCUCGGUGACCAACAACCACGCGGUCGGACUGAACGGCUCCAUGGUGUCCAUGGUGGGCCACCACAAGCUCUCCAUGCACCCCCAACAGGGGCAGGGCCCCCACGGGGGGCCGCCCUCGGGUCAGAAGGUGGGCUCGUCCGCCGCCGCGGCGGAGGAGGUCGAGGAGAUCAACACCAAGGAGCUGGCCCAGCGGAUCAGCGCCGAGCUCAAACGCUACAGCAUCCCGCAGGCCAUCUUCGCGCAGAGGGUCCUGUGCCGGUCCCAGGGCACCCUUUCCGACCUACUGCGGAACCCCAAGCCCUGGAGCAAGCUCAAGUCCGGAAGAGAGACCUUCAGGAGAAUGUACAAGUGGCUCGAAGAACCUGAGUUCCAAAGAAUGUCUGCCCUCCGACUAGCAGGUAUUUACAGAUUUUCCCUUGUUUUACUCCUGUUAGAUAUAUGCACGAUUUUACUGACACGGAACAGAUUUAAAAAACAGAUAAAUCAUUCAAAAACUUUUUUGCUUAUCAAAUUUAGUUUAAGAUUUUGA